GGCAGCGUGGGCAUCAUGUCAUUCGACCCCACCAUCAUGCCACCUGCAAACGGCUCUGCUAACGGGACCGCCAGUGGGGCUGAGGGCGGGAAGCCCCCCACCAUCCCCACCGUCAUGUUCAUCUUCGGUGUGGUGGGCAACCUCAUAGCCAUCGUGGUGCUCUGCAAGUCCAGGAAGGAGCAGAAGGAGACCACUUUCUACACACUGGUCUGUGGACUAGCAGUCACCGAUCUCUUGGGGACCUGUCUGGUGAGUCCAGUCACUAUCGCCACUUACCUGCAGAACCGCUGGCCGGGAGGACCGGCGCUGUGUGAGUACAGCUCCUUCAUCCUCCUCUUCUUCGGACUCUCUGGCCUCAGCAUUAUCUGUGCCAUGUCUAUAGAGAGGUACCUGGCCAUCAACCAUGCCUAUUUCUACAACCAUUAUGUAGACAAGAAGCUGGCAGGUCUCACGCUCUUUGCCAUCUAUGCUUCCAACGUGCUGUUCUGUGCCCUCCCCAGCAUGGGGCUCGGCAAAUCUACCUUGCAGUACCCUUACACUUGGUGUUUCAUAGACUGGCGAGCAAAGGAGGCCACCCAUGCGGCAUAUUCCUACAUGUACGCUGGCUUCAGCUCCUUCCUAAUCAUGGUCACCGUGAUCUGCAACAUUCUGGUGUGUGUGGCCCUCAUUCGCAUGCACCGCCAGUUCAUGCGACGCACGUCCUUGGGGACAGACACCACCUCCAGCCGUUUAUCUGACUUUCGCAGACGCCGGAGCUUCCGUCGGAUGGCCGGAGCAGAGAUCCAGAUGGUUAUUCUGCUCAUUGCCACUUCCCUGGUGGUGGUCAUCUGCUCCAUUCCUCUGGUGGUCCGUGUCUUCGUGAACCAGCUGUACCAGCCGGAAUCAGUGAGGGAUGUGAGACAAAACCCUGACCUGCAAGCCAUCCGCAUUGCCUCGGUGAACCCCAUUUUGGACCCGUGGGUCUAUAUUCUCCUCCGCAAGACUGUGCUCAGCAAAGCCAUCGAGAAGAUCAAGUGCCUCUUCUGCCGCAUUGGAGGGGCUCGGAGGCAGCACUCGGGGGGCAAUUUCAACUGCGUGGAUGGCCGCAGGACCUCCUCUGCCAUGUCAAGUCAGUCACCCUCCUUCAUCUCCCGUGAGCUGAGGGAGAUCAGCAGCACCUCACAAACGCUGCUUUAUCCUCCGGAGUUAAGUGAAAGCAGUGUCGGGGGUCGCGUGCUGCUUCCAGGCCCCAGUGCCAACUUGGCUCAGUCUGACACCACGUCAGUAAGGACACUGCGUAGCUCAGAGACCUCGGAGUCUUCACAGGGGCAGGACUCCGAGAGUGUCUUCCUGGUGAAUGAAAUCAGGUCUGGUGGCGGGGCCAGCUCUACAUCCAAGGGCAGCCCUCUCCAGGUCACCUUCCCCACAGAGACAUUGAAUUUAUCAGAAAAGUGUAUAUAG